AAAAAAUGUUUUCAGGAAGAUUUUGAACAAGUAGAGCUCCUUGGAGGUGGACGUGGUGUAAAUUCUUUACUAGCACAAGGUCGUGCAUUUGAGGAACAAAGAGAUUGGACCAAAGCAGUGCAAGCUUAUUUGAAGGUUAACGCAACCACUACAAAUGACGCUUCACUGAUAAAUGAUGCGCUUAUGAAAAGCGCUGAUCUUGUGUUAAGAUUUCUUGCUUCAACUGACGAGGAGCUGGUAAUGAAAGUGGUCGACGCUCUCGAAGCAAACAAAAUGUACGAAAAGAUGGCUGAACUUUUGAUAGCCAUUGGACAGAAUCGACAAGCUGUGGCAGCCUUGGUUCGAGCUCAACAAUGGUCCAAAGCUAAACAAGUCGCAACGGAGCUGGUCCCAGAUAUGGUGGCCGAGGUUGAGGGACAGUACAAAGAAUGGCUGACACAAGAAGGUCGAGUUGGAGAGCUGAUUGACGUCGAUGUAAUCUCAGCUAUUGACUUGCUUAUUGCUAAAGAUCAGUGGGAGAAAGCACUAGAGACAGCUCGACAACAAAAACACAAACCUCUUCUUGACAAAUAUGUGGCACAAUAUGCUGCGGUGUUGCUUGAACACAAUGACAUAGAUCUUAUGCUUAGAGUUUUUGAGAAAUAUGGAGCUUCGUCGAAUCCUGCAAACUUCAACUUGUACAAACUUAUUCUGGAUAAGACAGUGGCACAGUCAUUCAGUACGCCUUCAGACGAAUUCAAUGCGCUCAGUCCUAUUCGCGACCUUUUUCUUUCUGUGUAUGAGCAGUUGGUCAAGGAAAAUUCUGAA